CGGGCCUAUCGCGGAGCACGUUUCCUCGCCGGCUUGUAGAUUCGUGAGCACACGGGAAACGGACGCCUGCGCAGAAUCAGGCGUCGGCCGCUCCACUCCCCGGUUCUGACUCGGUGAAGACGCGGCGCAGAGAUGGAGCGCGGGAGCGGGCACGAGGCAGCUCAGGGAGACGGCGAGCCCGAGGUGAAGAAGCGGCGGCUUCUGUGUGAGGAGUUUGCCUCGGUCGCCAGAUGCGACGAAGCGGUGGCGCAGUGCUACCUGGCGGAGAACGAGUGGGAGGUGGAGAAAGCGCUCAACUCCUUCUUCGAGCCGUCGGCGGAGGAGGACGCCCUGGACGCCGUCCCUGCGGGCGCGGCGGACCCCCAGACGUGUGUUGACCUAACCAAUGAAGACACAACUGAUUCUACUAGUUCUAAAAGCAACUCACUUGAAAGUACUGAGAUAGAAGAUAAAACCAUGUUUUCAUUCAUAACUUGGAAUAUUGAUGGACUGGAUAUAAAUAAUCUUCAGGAGAGGGCUCGAGGGGUAUGUUCCUACUUAGCUUUGUACUGUCCAGAUGUGGUAUUUCUACAGGAAGUCAUUCCCCCAUAUUAUUGCUACCUAAAGAAGAGAGCAACUAGUUACGAGAUAAUUCCAGGUCGUGAAGAUGGAUACUUCACUGCUAUAAUGUUGAGGAAAGCAAGAGCGAAAUUAAAAAGCUAUGAGAUCAUUCCUUUCCCAAAUACCAAAAUGAUGAGAAACAUUUUAUGUGCUCAUGUGAGUAUGUCUGGAAGUGACUUUUAUCUUAUGACUUCCCAUUUGGAGAGCACCAAAGAGCAUUCUAAAGAACGAAUGAGUCAGUUAAAAAUGGUUUUUAAGAAAAUGCAAGAGGCUCCAGAAGAAGCUACAGUUGUAUUUGGAGGAGAUACAAAUUUAAGGGAUCAAGAAGUUACUAAAUAUGGUGGUUUGCCUGACAACAUUAUGGAUGCCUGGGAAUUUUUGGGCAAACCUAAGCAUUGCCAGUACACAUGGGAUACACAAAUGAACUCUAAUCUUGGAAUACCUGGUGUUUGUAAACUUCGUUUCGAUCGCAUAUUUUUCAGGACAGCAUCAGAGAAUCCCAUUAUUCCUCGAAGUUUUGAUCUCCUUGGGACAGAAAAACUGGACUGUGGGAAAUAUCCUAGCGACCACUGGGGUGUUUUGUGCUACCUAGAUAAAAUAUUUUGAAAUGCUUGUCAAAUGUAACUUCCAAAUGUUUUGAGUAGUUCUGUUCUGACUUUUGGCAAAUACAAUUUCUACCUAUCUGGAAAAGUAGGCUUAAUAUGGAAGAAUUAAUAUACUGGGCCAUUAUUACAGAGAAAACCUAGUUAAUGUUUAUUUACACUUAAGCAUGCCUGUGUUUCAAAUGUCAUGUGGCCUUUUGAUAAGAGAGCCUAGUCAGCUCAUAGCUGCUAGCUGUAUUCCAUUAGGGCCCACAGUGUCUCAGGGUUAAUUGUUAUAGUAUUAUUUCCAUUAGGCACCAAGAUUAUAUAUUUUUUAAAGUACCAAAAGAAAAAAGUCAGAAGAAACUGAUUUUGGGGACUGAAUUUAAUCAUAUUUUGUGAAUUCAAAUCUUAAUUGAAAAGGCCAUAAUCAUCUACAGUUAAGUGGAUGACAACUCUCCUACUUCAGACUUAAUUUUGUCAGUGACUAUAUAAUUGGUGUAAUUGAAUCUUAGUUUUAAAUCGCAUUUCUGAUGAAUGUUUGUAGAGAAGUUGCUAACAAGCAAAGGUUGGUUUGAUAAUGAUUAAAAUCAGUUUUAUGACGGCAUAGGUUUUUUUUCUAAGAAAAAUAAGUUCAUAACAGAAAUAACGUUUUAGUUUUGCUACUUGUAAAAUACAAAUACUUUAUAGGAAGUGAUUAACAUACUUUCUAUUUCUCACUAAAACAUUAGUGUACAGAGGGAUUACCAUUCCCUAAGUUCAUUUAAAUGUUCAUUCCGUAAGUUCAUUUAAAUGUACUUGUUAAGCCCUUAAGAGAAAUGUACUGUAAAUAAAUUCUUUUACUUGUUUAUA